AUGCACUUGGCGCGGCAUACCAAAAAGGGCGAAAAAAACCGUCACGGAGGCGCCCAGAGUUUUUGCUGCGCGAACUUCAAGCCCACUACUAGUUCGCUGAAACAUGACCUCGAAGAUGCUGCAAAAGCCGCUGCGGAGGCUGCCGCUCAGCAGGCUGCGCUUGAUAUCGCAGCCAAAGCUUUCUGUCGCGUUUCUGUUCCUGCUCUGUUGGCGCCUUUGGAAGCUGUUGAUGACCUUAUCCCAAUUUUUGGUAAGAUUGCUGAUCUCGUUGAAAUUGCCGCAACACCAGCGAUCAUACAAGGUUGCGUCAAGGAGGGUUCUGCUGAGUUCAAAGUGUUUGGGAAAAAGCACACAGUGUCGUGA